AUGGACGAAGCAACACGACGGGCAAAGGAGGAGCACGUAACGGGACACAACGGAACUUCCGUGCUGGAACUCCAGCAGGUUCUCACCGUCACAUUGUUGUCAUAUGCGCUAUGGAAAGCGGUAACCCAGACCUGGCACCCAGGGCGGCGCUCCAUGUUGUUGGAGUACUCAUGUGAAUUUGCAACUCUCGUUUUGCCGUUCCUUCUGUCUGUGACGACAGAGUGGAAGUCACAAACCUUAGCUGCCCUGCUGCUAGCCACAGUCUUUGUGUCCUGCUUGCCAGUCCCGCAACACGUCGAAAAAGCGGCAAAGAACAAGCCAACAAAGUCAAUCGCCCAAUUUCAUCUGCCUUUCCUAACUCCAGUUCGAGGAUGCCUACAAGUGGUUACGAUAAUAUGCAUCCUUGCGGUGGACUUUCGCGUAUUUCCUCGCCGAUUUGCUAAAACAGAAACAUUUGGUACAUCCCUGAUGGACCUUGGAGUUGGCCUCUUCAUCUUUUCGGGUGGCGUGGUGGCAGGCCCCCGUCUGAAGACAACUGCCGGUGAACCUAUCGAGAAGCUCUACAAGAGUAUAAAACUGUGCACUCCCGUAAUGAUUCUGGGAGUCGCGAGGAUGAUAUUGACGAAAGGGGUGAACUAUCAGGAGCAUGUCACAGAAUAUGGGGUGCAUUGGAACUUCUUUAUGACGUUGGCUCUGAUUCCUUUAGUCAUAACGAUCCUACAGCUGCUGGCUCCUGGAUUGAGCUUCACCACACUGGCGGUAGUGAUUUCCGUAGCGUACACGAUCCUUUUGCAGAAUAUGGGCCUCGAGCGAUACAUCAUGGAAGCUCCAAGAGACAAUAUUUUUAGCAUGAACAGAGAAGGCAUUUGCAGUUUUUUCGGCUAUUUGGCAAUCUUCCUUCUUGCGGCGGAUAUCGGCGCGAGAUUAAGGAUGUACACCACACACCAGACUGUUCCUGUAGCGCUGCCCCAAAUUCUGAGAGAGCUGCUCGCCAUCUUAAUAUCCCUAAGCAUCGCUUUCGCUGUGGCGACUCAGAUACUCGGAAUACAAGUAUCAAGGAGACUGGCCAACAUCUCCUACGUGCUGUGGGUCUCUCUAUCCGGAGUCUACCAUGUAUCAGGAUGCGCCUUGAUAGAUUUGCUAUAUGGGACAAGAGCUGAGAUACAGACGCCUUUACUCUACAAGGCCAUUAAUAGGAACCAGCUGGCGAUAUUUCUAGUGGGAAAUCUCCUGACCGGCCUUGUAAAUCUCUCCGUUAAUACGUUGGAAGUGUCAGACAGCACAGCAUAUGCGAUACUUACGUUGUACAUAUUUAUAGUUGGUGGAGUGGCAGUGAUCCUCGAUCAUCUCAAUUUAACGCUAAAGCUAUGA